UGCGGCCGCAGCGGGGCGGUGCGGCUGCCGGCCCUGCCCUUCCCGCUGUGGGCGGUGGCGGCGGCCAUUGGCCAGGGCCGGUUCCGACAUGGCGGCGAGCGCGGUGUCCAACCCGUCCCAGCUCCUGCCACUCGAACUUGUGGACAAGUGCAUCGGUUCACGCAUUCACAUCGUGAUGAAGAGCGACAAAGAAAUCGUUGGGACACUUCUAGGAUUUGAUGACUUCGUCAAUAUGGUGCUGGAAGAUGUUACAGAAUUUGAGAUCACACCUGAGGGCAGAAGAAUCACAAAGCUGGACCAGAUUCUGCUCAAUGGAAAUAACAUAACUAUGCUGGUUCCUGGAGGAGAAGGACCUGAAAAAUCCAAGUGCUUAAUCAUACUGCACUGUCUUCCUGUGGAUGCUGAUCUUCUCCAGAAUGCUAUUCAGGGUGCUACCACAUUACUGAUUAAAAAGAGUGGCCUUCAGCAGCCGUUAACUGCAAAGUGAUUUGGCAAGUCCUGCUGUCACCUGCAUUCCGCUGGCAUUCCAUUUGGUGAAGAACUUGAUGUGGCAGCAGCCCCUGCACAGGAAGAGGAAAACACAGGUUAUAAGGAUUUAUAAAUAAGUAGAUAAAAUGUUUUUCCAUUCAGUAA